AUGGAUUUUGAGGAGGAAUACGAUGCUGAGUUUGACGACAACCAAGAAGGGUCAUUAGAGACCCCUUUCCCAGCGGCAACAGCUGCCGAUAAUGAGAACAACGCCAAUGAAGAUGGUCUUCCAGGGAACAAGCAGAACAAGAAACAGAAAAGAGAGACAGUGGUUGAUGACGGGAGUGACAACAUAUUUGGUAUUCCCGAAUUUACAAGAAAAGAUAAGACUUUGGAAGAGAUUCUAGAGAUGAUGGACGAUACGCCUCCCAUCAUUCCUGACGCAGUCGUGGAUUACUAUCUGACCAAAAAUGGGUUUGAUGUUGCAGAUGUACGAGUAAAACGACUUUUAGCAUUGGCCACGCAGAAGUUUGUUAGUGAUAUAGCCAAAGAUGCGUAUGAGUACUCGAGGAUCAGGUCCUCCGUUGCAGUAUCGAAUGCAAACAAUAGUCAAGCCAGAGCUAGGCAGUUAUUGCAGGGUCAACAGCAGCCUGGUGUACAGCAGAUAUCACAGCAACAACAUCAACAGAACGAGAAGACUACGGCAAGCAAAGUUGUUCUGACAGUGAGCGACCUUAGUAGUGCUGUCGCUGAGUAUGGGCUCAAUAUUGGUCGUCCUGACUUCUACCGCUAG